AGGGUCGGGGCGCCUGCGCAGUCGCACUUCCUUAGGCGGCGGCCAUGGCGGGACAAGAGGAUCCCGUGCAGCGGGAAAUUCACCAGGACUGGGCGAACCGGGAGUACAUUGAAAUCAUCACCAGCAGCAUCAAGAAGAUCGCGGACUUUCUCAACUCGUUCGAUAUGUCUUGUCGCUCAAGACUCGCAACACUGAAUGAGAAAUUGACAGCCCUUGAACGGAGAAUAGAGUACAUUGAAGCAAGGGUGACAAAAGGUGAGACCCUCACCUAGAGCUGUGCCAGACUGCUGCUGGGAAGUUGCUUUACGGAACACAGGCCUACGUGGGAAAGGUCCCAGCAGCCUUCCACUCCUUCUCUCUCCUUAAAGAGCAACAGGGCUUAUUCUUGUUUUUCUUUCUUCAAACAUGUGGCCUUUGGGCUCUGCCAUGUUCAUCUGGCAGUGUGAUAUGGCAUGUGGGGAGAAGUCCAGGGGGACUCUUGAAAACAUUUAACCUUUUCAGUAACAUUUUGUAAAACUACUUGUCAAUGUAUUUGAGGCACUCAGAGCCAAAAGCCUGGGACUUUUUAUUAAGGUCCUUUCCACCUCUCUCUCUCUCUCUCUCAGAUUUUCCUUACAGUUCUCAUUGCCUCUGCAUUGAUUCUAUAAACAGUCUUUUCUCCUCCUACCUUGUCGGGAGGUAGCAGACAGUCCUGGCUGAGAGACUCAUGCCCUGGCGAGGUGGCUGCCAGAGAAUGUUGUUGCUAAUCCACCAGUUUUUGUCCUUGGGAGGUCAAGGCCAGGUCCCCACUUGGCUUGAAGGGACAGUUUCAGAUUUUUCUUUCUGUCACUUGGGGUGUUUGCCUCCGAUAUUUCCCUAAUAAACUCCUCAACUUU